AUGAACUUUGAAGAGUAUGAGGAGCUGGAUGGAGUGCGGUUUGCAUGGAACUGUAUUCCGUCUAGUAAAGUAGAAUCUUCGCGUACAAUCGUGCCUGUUUCGGUUUUGUACACUCCGCUGCGUGAAAAGCCCGACUUGCCGGUUUUGCAGUACGAGCCUGUUUCGUGUCGGGCUCCGUGCCGGGCGGUUCUCAACCCGUUCUGCCAGCUGGACGUCCGUGCACAGGUCUGGAUUUGUCCGUUUUGCAUGUCGCGAAAUGCGUUACCCCAGAACUACCGAGACAUUUCGCAAAAUUCCUUGCCUCACGAGCUCCAGCCUACAUCGUCCACUAUUGAAUACGUGCUGAGUCGUCCUGUGCAAGCGCCUCCGGCGUUCUUGUUUGUGGUUGAUUUGUGCCAGGAUGAGGAGAACCUCCAAGCCCUUAAGGACUCGCUCAUCGUGGCUUUGUCGUUGAUGCCUCCGAACGCUCUGGUUGGCUUGGUCACUUUUGGUGCUAUGGUUCAGGUAUACGAGCUUGGCUUCACUUCAUGCAACAAGUCCUAUGUUUUCCGGGGAACCUCUGAUUACACGGUCAAGCAGGUGCAGGAGAUGCUCGGUAUUGGCCCCGCCAAGGCUUUCCAGGGUGCCAACGGCGCUGCGGGUCAGAUGCUCAACCCGUCCCUGUCGCGCUUUUUGAUGCCCGUUCAGGAGUGCGAGUUCCAGCUCACCUCUAUCAUUGAGGGUCUUCAGCGUGAUGCCUGGCCAGUUCGUAAUGAGGCCCGUGCGACGCGGUGCACCGGUGUAGCCACCUCUGUUGCUGUCUCGUUGCUUGACCAGCUCCUUCCUAAUACCGGUGCGCGUGUUAUGUUGUUCGCUGCCGGCCCGCCAACAGAGGGCCCUGGUCUCGUCGUUGGUACCGAACUGCGCGAACCCAUUCGAUCUCACCACGACAUCGACCGCGACAACGCAAAGCACCACUCCAAGGCUGUCAAGUUUUACGAGGCGCUGGCCAAGCGAUCAGCGAGCAACGGUCAUGCUAUUGAUAUCUUUGCCGGUUGCUAUGAUCAGGUGGGAUUGCAUGAAAUGCAAAGUAUGCCCAAUUCGACGGGUGGUGUCGUGGUGCUAACCGACGCGUUCACUACGUCCAUCUUCAAACAGAGUUUGCAAAGAGUCUUCAAUACCGAUGACCAGGGCAAUCUGCUCAUGGGAUUCAAUGCCACUUUUGACAUUUUGACCACUAAAGAGCUGAAGGUUUCAGGAGUAAUCGGUCACUGCGUUUCCAAGGGAAAGAAGACUGCUGCCGUUUCCGACACCGAAGUGGGUAUCGGUGGCACUUCUUCGUGGCAGGUAUGCUCCAUCACUCCAGCUCAUACGUUUGGUGCAUUCUUUGAUGUUGCAAACACACAGAAUGUUCCGCCUUUGCGUCCCGGCCAGGCCGGUCCUUCCGCACAUAUCCAGUUCUUAACCCACUACCAGCACUCUUCCGGUACUUAUCGCUUGCGAGUGACAACGGUUGUGCGAUCUCUGGCUAAUGGAGGCGACCUGAUGCUCACUGCGUCCUUUGAUCAAGAGGCUGCUGCUGUUCUUAUGGCAAGAAUUGCUGUGUUCAAGGGACAGACCGACGACGGUCCGGAUAUUUUACGAUGGACCGAUCGCAUGCUCAUUCGUUUGUGCCAAAAGUUUGCCGACUAUCGCAAAGAUGAUCCAUCUUCAUUCCGACUUGCCCAGAACUUUUCCCUGUACCCCCAAUUCAUGUUCCAUUUACGGCGAUCGCAGUUCUUGCAGGUUUUCAACAACUCUCCGGAUGAGACUGCUUUCUACCGGCAUUGCUUGAACCGGGAGGACCUAACAAACUCGCUGAUUAUGAUACAGCCCACCCUUAUGUCCUUCCAGCUGGAUGCUGAGCCCGAGCCGGUGCUUCUUGACUCGGUUUCAAUCAAAAAAGAUGCUAUUCUUCUGCUUGACACUUUCUUCCACAUUCUAAUUUUCCACGGUGAGACCAUUGCUCAGUGGCGUCGUGCUGGUUAUCAAGACCAGGAGGAGUAUGCCAAUUUCAAGGAGCUGCUGGAAGAGCCCCGUCGCGAGGCCGCGCAGCUGCUGGUUGAUCGUUUCCCUCUGCCUCGUUUCAUCGACACCGAGGUGGGCGCUUCUCAGGCCCGUUUCUUGCUGUCUAAACUGAACCCGUCCAGUACGCACCAGACCGAAGGUGCCUACGGCCAGGCUUCGGAAGCAGUGGUGCUUACUGACGACGUGAGCUUGCAGACGUUCAUGUCUCACUUACAAAAGCUGGCUGUCGCUGGCGGUAACUAA